AUGGCGCAAUCGACAGUCAAGGUUGUGGAGCUCAGCAAGGUGACGCCGGAACCGCCGCCGUCCAAUCCUUUCACCCUCCCACUCACCUUCUUCGACACCUUCUGGAUCAAACUGCCGCCAGUGGAGCGCAUCUUCCUCUACCACCUCCCGGAUUUAUCCCCUUCCACUUUCCGCACGCGCCUCCUCCCUCGCCUCACCCGCUCCCUCUCCUUCACACUCCGCCACUACCUCCCCGUCGCCGGGAACCUCGUUUGGCCCUCCGCAGCCGCCGUCCCCGUCGUCCUCUACAGCCCCGGCGACGGAGUCUCCCUCGCGGUCGCCGAGUCAACGGACGACUUCGACCACAUAUCCGCCGACGGAGACCGAGAAGCCUCCGACUCGCUGCCCUACGUGCCGGAGCUGCACGCAUCGGAUUCCGCCGCAGCGAUUCUCUCCCUGCAGAUCACUCUGUUCCCCAAUCGAGGCUUCUGCAUCGGCGUCACCUCUCAGCACGGCAUUCUCGAUGGCAAGACGCAGUCCGUCUUCAUGAAAGCCUGGGCUCACACCUGCAGGCAGAUCGUCGGAGAUGGUGGCGCCGAUUUCCCGCCGCCGCUACCGGAAUCGCUGGCUCCGGUCUUCGAUCGAACAGGCAUCGUCGACUCGCGGGAAAUUGCGGUGGAGUAUUUGGACGAUUGGUUCCGAUUCCGGCUCAAUCUGCCGGGGAUGGAUCCCAAUCCAAACCCUAGAAGCUUGGAGCUGCUAUGGAGCUUGGUAGAUGGCGAUUCCAAGAGACUGCGAGCGACCUUCGAUUUCUCGAAAGAGAGAAUCAAGAAGCUGAAGGAGUCUCUGAUCCCCAAAUUCCCCAACCCUAAUUACCUGUCGAGCUUCGUCCUGACCCUGGCGCACACCCAGGUUUGCCUCGUGAAGGCGAAAGGCAUCCGCGGCGGCGCGACGAUGAUGGGCGGGUUCACGGCGGAUUUCAGAUCUCGAUUGGAACCCCCGGCGCCGGGGAAUUUCUUCGGCAAUAUCGUUUUCCCGUACGAGGUGGCUCUGAGAGGGGAGGAGGCUGGUUCCGAGGGCGGCGUGGCGUACGCGGCGGGGAAGAUCGUGGAGGCGAUCAAGGAGGUGGAGAAAGGACCGAUGGCGGGGGCGAGAGGGAGGCUGGCCAGGUUUCUGUUUCCGGAAUCGGGUCAGUUCGAGGUGAUCGGGGUGGCCGGGUCGCCGCGGCUGGGGAUGUAUGGGGUUGAUUUCGGGUACGGCGGGCGGCCGAGGAAGGUGGAGGUCACGUCCACGGCGAGGACGGGAGCUAUUUCAAUGGCGGAGAGCAGAGAUGGGAGCGGCGGUGUCGAGGUUGGAAUUGUGCUGAGCAAGGAGGAGAUGGACGUAUUUCGCGCUGCUUUCGUUCAGUAA